GGCCCAUGGAGCGGGGGAAGAUGGCGGAGGCGGAGAGCUUAGAGACGGCGGCGGAGCACGAGCGGAUCCUGCGGGAGAUCGAGAGUACGGACACGGCCUGCAUCGGGCCCACGCUCAGAUCUGUCUAUGAUGGAGAGGAGCAUGGUCGGUUCAUGGAAAAGCUGGAAUCCCGGAUCCGCAAUCAUGACCGGGAGAUUGAGAAAAUGUGUAACUUCCACUACCAGGGCUUUGUGGACUCCAUCACUGAACUCCUGAAAGUGAGAGGAGAAGCCCACAGAUUGAAGAAUCAAGUGACCGAUACUAAUAGAAAACUACAGCAUGAGGGGAAGGAACUGGUAAUAGCAAUGGAAGAGCUGAAGCAGUGUCGACUGCAACAGAGAAAUAUUUCUGCCACGGUUGAUAAAUUAAUGCUGUGUCUGCCAGUCCUGGAGAUGUACAGCAAACUGAGGGAACAGAUGAAAACGAAAAGACAUUACCCAGCAUUGAAAACUCUGGAGCACCUGGAACACACCUACCUGCCCCAAGUGAGCCACUAUCGUUUCUGCAAGGUCAUGGUGGACAACAUCCCCAGGCUUCGGGAAGAAAUCAAGGAUGUUUCCAUGUCCGAUCUCAAAGACUUCUUGGAAAGUAUCCGAAAGCACUCAGACAAAAUUGGGGAGACUGCCAUGAAGCAGGCUCAGCAGCAAAGGAACCUGGAUAACAUCAUUUCACAGCAGCCUAGAAUAGGCAGCAGGAAAAAAUCCAAGAAAGAUGCAUUUACCAGCUUGGACACAGAGAUAGAAAGCACUAGCCCCAAGUCUGAGCAAGAUUCUGGGAUUCUGGAUGUUGAAGAUGAAGAAGAGAAUGAAGAGGUGCCCGGGGCCCAAGAAUUGGUGGACUUCUCUCCUGUUUAUCGAUGUUUGCAUAUAUAUUCUGUACUGGGUGCUCGGGAAACCUUUGAAAACUACUACAGGAAACAGAGGCGGAAACAGGCCCGGCUGGUGCUUCAACCCCCGUCCAACAUGCAUGAAACUUUAGAUGGCUACAGGAAAUAUUUUAAUCAAAUCGUAGGUUUUUUUGUGGUUGAAGAUCACAUUUUACAUACGACUCAGGGCUUAGUGAACAGAGCCUACAUUGAUGAACUGUGGGAAAUGGCCUUGUCAAAAACCAUCGCCGCGCUUCGGACACACUCGUCUUACUGCUCUGACCCAGACCUGGUGUUAGAUUUGAAGAACCUCAUUGUCCUCUUUGCUGACACACUUCAGGUGUAUGGUUUCCCAGUAAACCAGCUUUUUGACAUGCUGCUUGAGAUCAGAGACCAGUACAGUGACACUCUGUUGAAGAAAUGGGCAGGCGUUUUCAGAAACAUACUUGAUUCAGACAACUACAGCCCCAUCCCAGUGUCCAGUGAGGAACUCUAUAAGAAGGUGGUUGGACAGUUCCCAUUCCAAGAUGCAGAGCUGGAAAAGCAGCCGUUUCCAAAGAAGUUUCCUUUCUCUGAAUUUGUGCCUAAGGUUUACAAUCAAAUUAAAGAAUUUAUCUACGCCUGUCUUAAGUUCUCAGAAGAUCUCCAUCUGAGCUCCACAGAGGUGGAUGACAUGAUCCGGAAGUCUACAAACCUGCUGUUGACUCGAACACUGAGCAGCUCUCUGCAGAAUGUCAUUAAGAGGAAGAACGUCGGGCUGACGGAGCUUGUACAGAUCAUCAUCAACACAACCCACUUGGAGAAGUCCUGCAAGUACCUGGAGGAAUUCAUCACCAACAUCACCAAUGUGCUCCCUGAGACAGUCCAUACCACAAAGCUGUACGGGACCACCACAUUCAAGGAUGCCCGGCACGCUGCAGAGGAAGAGAUUUACACCAACCUGAACCAGAAGAUUGACCAGUUCUUGCAGCUGGCUGACUAUGAUUGGAUGGCUGGGGAUUCAGACAGCAAAGCCAGCGAUUAUCUGACAGAUCUCAUCGCCUUUCUUCGGAGCACCUUUGCAGUCUUCACACACCUUCCUGGGAAGGUGGCUCAGACUGCAUGUAUGUCUGCCUGCAAACAUCUAGCCACUUCACUAAUGCAGCUGCUUCUGGAAGCAGACGUGAGGCAGCUCAGCCUGGGUGCCCUGCAGCAGUUCAACCUGGAUGUUCAGGAGUGUGAACAGUUUGCCAGAUCCGGCCCGGUGCCUGGGUUCCAGGAGGACACGCUGCAGUUGGCCUUCAUCGACUUGAGACAACUUUUGGAUCUGUUCACCCAAUGGGACUGGUCAACGUACCUCGCUGACUAUGGCCAACCUACUUGCAAAUAUCUGCGUGUCAACCCAGUGACAGCCCUGGCCCUGCUCGAAAAGAUGAAGGACACUAGCCGUAAGAACAAUAUGUUUGCACAGUUUCGGAAGAAUGAGCGAGACAAGCAGAAACUGAUUGACACCGUGGCCAAGCAGCUCCGAGGACUUAUCAACAGCCACCACUCGUGAGGGCGGGGCUCUGCACUCUUGGAUUCCUCUUCAAAGAGAAUAUGUGUCUUUU